GCGUGGCGGCAGUUGCUUGGGCGGGGCCGGUAGCGGCGGGAGCUGCACUGGCCAGGGGUUCCGGCUGCAUUUCCAUGAGUGCCGCCGGCAGCCGCGGAGCUGCAGGAACCGGGCUGGGGGCAAGCUGGGCCGCGGUAGUCAACCACGCGCAGCUUUUAGGUUAAUUUGAAUAAGAGAUCUGACCUGAGUGGCCCAGCUGUACAACUCUUCAAGGACAGUUCAUAUUUGCAGUAGAGAGGAACCAGGGACAUAGAUCAAGAUGAAUGCCAUGCUAGAGACCCCUGAGCUCCCGGCCGUGUUUGAUGGGGUGAAGCUGGCUGCAGUGGCUGCCGUGUUGUAUGUGAUCGUCCGGUGUUUGAAUCUGAAGAGCCCCACAGCCCCACCUGACCUCUACUUCCAGGACUCGGGGCUCUCGCGUUUUCUGCUCAAGUCCUGUCCUCUUCUGACCAAAGAAUACAUUCCACCAUUGAUCUGGGGGAAAAGUGGACACAUCCAAACAGCCUUGUAUGGGAAGAUGGGAAGGGUGAGGUCACCACACCCGUACGGGCACCGCAAGUUCAUCACCAUGUCCGACGGAGCCACUUCAACCUUUGACCUCUUUGAACCCUUGGCCGAGCACUGUGUUGGAGAUGACAUUACCAUGGUCAUCUGCCCUGGCAUUGCCAAUCACAGUGAGAAGCAAUACAUCCGCACCUUUGUCGACUACGCCCAGAAAAAUGGCUACCGGUGCGCCGUGCUCAACCACCUGGGCGCCUUGCCCAACAUUGAGCUGACCUCACCGCGCAUGUUCACGUAUGGCUGCACCUGGGAGUUUGGAGCAAUGGUAAACUACAUCAAGAAGACAUAUCCCCAGACCCAGCUGGUCGUUGUGGGCUUCAGCCUAGGUGGUAACAUCGUGUGUAAAUACUUGGGAGAGACUCAGGCAAACCAAGAUAAGGUCCUGUGCUGUGUCAGCGUGUGCCAGGGGUACAGCGCACUGAGGGCCCAGGAGACCUUCAUGCAGUGGGAUCAGUGCCGGCGCUUCUACAACUUCCUCAUGGCAGACAACAUGAAGAAGAUCAUCCUCUCGCACAGGCAAGCUCUUUUUGGAGACCAUGUUAAGAAACCCCAGAGCCUGGAGGACACAGACUUGAGCCGUCUCUACACAGCCACGUCCCUGAUGCAGAUCGAUGAUAACGUGAUGAGGAAGUUCCAUGGCUACAACUCCCUGAAGGAAUAUUACGAGGAGGAAAGCUGCAUGCGAUACCUGCACAGGAUUUAUGUGCCUCUCAUGCUGGUUAACGCAGCUGAUGAUCCAUUGGUGCACGAGAGCCUCUUAACCAUUCCCAAAUCUCUUUCAGAGAAACGGGAGAACGUCAUGUUUGUGCUGCCUCUGCACGGGGGCCACCUGGGCUUCUUUGAGGGUUCCGUGCUGUUCCCCGAGCCCCUGACGUGGAUGGAUAAGCUGGUGGUGGAGUACGCCAACGCCAUUUGCCAGUGGGAGCGCAACAAGUCACAGUGCUCUGACACAGAGCAGGUGGAGGCCGACCCAGAGUGAGGCCUCCCAGACUCCGGCGCGGUCCAGCGGCCUCCCCUGGAAUCCGCGUCCCUCACCGGCUGUUUCAGGUCCCCCAUCUCCCUCAGUGACCUGGAUCUGACCUCACACCAUCUACGGGGACCACCCACCAGGCAUACCCAUGCUGGAGUAGGCUGCUGUCCCUGGGAGCUCCAGGCUAUUUUUGUGCUUAGUUACUGGUUUUUGCCAUUGCAUUGUUAUCCACGGUGACAAGUGACAGGAUCCUCACCCUCCUGUCCACUUUCAGCAUUUGAUUGCUUUUCAGCCAAUUACAUCUAGUUUCCCUAUUAAAAAUGUGUCUGAACAGCAGUUUUGCUUUGCCAAUCAAACGGCUGGCCCCCAAGAGCAGUGAAGGCUGUGUGCUAUUUUGCGGUGGUCGGGUGUGUCCUUACGUAGGCCCUGGAAAGCCCUUGUCAACAUAAGCCAACACUGAAGAGGCUGGUCAGCCUGGGAGCCUAAUCACCUGGGCCUCCCACGCUGCAGUGUAGCUCCUUACAUGGCCAAACUUGAGCCAGGUUUCUCCCUUCCAAUCUUCUAAGACAGUCUCCCCACACCUUUGCCAAUGAUGAGGGUUAUCUGGGGCACUGGUUAAAAAUUCAGCCUCCCAGGUCCCUUCCCUGGAAGAGGCCGAUUCAGUGGGUCUGGGAAGGGGUCUGGAGAUUUUAAUUUUUGACAAGUGCCCCCGGUGAUCCUCAUCACCAGGCAAAUUUGGGAAACACGUUUUUUUGCAGGGCCUUUAAAUUAGAAACAUCUUGGUAGCUAAUUUUAUGGAAAUUUAUAGGUAGAUAUGGCUCUUAGUUCCCAGGGGCCUCCAAAAGCAGUGGCACCUAUCACGUCCAACUGCCCCUGUGUGGUCACAGUGUGAUGUCUCAGGAGAGGGCCUGGUGGGCAGUGAAGAGUUUGGGCUACGCCAGACUCUGCUUUUCCCUGGCUGUAUGACCCUGGAAAGGUCCCUCUGAACUUUAUAGUCUCUUCACCUGUAAAACAGGGGACUUGGACCAGGUGGAUUGCCGAGACCACUGCCAGUUCUAAAGAUCCAUGACAAACUCAGCUUGCUGAGGUUUGAGAGAACAUCCCUCCAGGGAAGUGAUUCUCCUUGUCUACACCUGUGAAUGUCACUGUUUGCCUUUUUUUUUUUUCUGUCCCUCAUUUUCAUAUAAAGAGGUGUUUGUUUUAAACAUUUAAUGGUAAUUUUACUUUUUUAACCCAAGUCUUUCUAGCUCUGGCUUUUGGUGCCCAAACCAUUCAAAAGCUGGAUCCGAGUUUGGAGAAAGAUCUUUCAAACAGAAAAGGGUGUUAUUUUGAAACCAGAUUUUUAAUUUAAUAGCCCAUAUUUAUAGUCUGGUGGAUGGAUCUUUCCAAAGUGUGUCUUUUCAAAUGAAAAUGUCAUUCAAGGUUUCAAGUACUCCUUUUUCCCAGUCCUGUGGUACUUGAAUAUCUAAAAAACCCUGCACUUUGAAAAGCAGUUGCUAUCUGGAACUAAACUGAACUCUAAGUAAAAUUGCCUGGAUACACUUUUUUUUUUUUAAUGUCCUUGCUUCAUCUCCUUUGCUCCAGGACAGGAUUAUAAAUAGUGGGUGUGUGUGGAUGUUUCAGGGGUAAAGGGAGCCCUAUGAGGGCCUGGAUAUACUCCUCAUAGCCGCAGGUGGAUAUUGUUUGGGUGUCAGUCCACGUGACUCUGACGAUAACGUCUGUAACCUGAAGUUUUCUGACAAUCACCAAAUCAUCCUAAUAUCAUCAAGAACAGCCACUGUCUCAAAAGAUUGAGAUUUCUGUGGUCUCCACAUUGCUUUGUUGUAAUUCCUCACACACACCAAAUUCAUUAUUGUGACACCCCCCCCCCGCCCCCAACUGGUAUUUUUCUAGUACAUUUCCUUUCCCAUGUUCUUUUAGCACACAUUGGCACUUUAUCAUCUACUCCCUCAAUUUGGAAGCUGGUCCCUCUCCUCUGUUGCUUUUCCCUCCACCCAGUAACACAGCUGUAACCUAGAAGAUUCAUAGUCCUGCUUCCUACUACUGCCUUUGUUUCUCAAGACCCUUUGUGUGAAAGUAGGUAAACGAAGCAAUAACUGAGUGGGGCCAGAUCACCAUUCCAGGAAGCAAGAGGUGCCUUUUCCUUUGCCUUAGGUCACAUCUCUUGACCUGUUCUGGCAAAGUAGUGGCCAGGUACCAGCUCCAUUCAGCAAGAGGAAAGACAGUCCUGUUGUCCCACACCAGGGGGGCUGGCAAGGGACCAGAAGUGCUGGUGGUGGUGGUGCUGGUGGUGGUGAGGCAGGGCGUGGGGCCUGGCCUUUGUCGCCACACGACCGACCGGGAUUUACCCCACAGGCCUGUGGGGGCCGCUUCCCAGCUGAAAUCUUUCUAGUGUGUGGACUCUGAAUGGCACUCACAUUCCAUUUUGGCUCACAUGAAAUCAACUGAAGUCCUUUGUUCAGGCUUCAGGCUCUCCGGCAUGGAAAUGAGAAUGUGACCGCAGCAGUCUUACAGGAAAAUUCUUGUUUGUCCCUGAAUGAGAGCACAGAGGCAUUGAAUUUACAGAGAUGCAAACCUGCCUAAUAAACGGGAGCAGCAUUUUAAAUGUAGGUCAGCUUUUUCCUUCCUCCAGCUUUCUUUGCUUUUCUUCCUGAAGUCAUUCAGGUCUGAUGACAAUGGGAGUGCUCUUCUUGCUAUGAAGGUCCUGUCUGGCCUAACACAGGGCCGAAUUUUCAAAGAGCAUUUGAACAUCCUAAAAUCAGAAUUACAGAUACAAGUUGCAUAGACCUAGACAAUCCUAUCACAGGGAUAACACAUUAAAAACCAGGGAGGAAAAGCACCCAUAUUUCUUCUGGCAAUGCUCCCUGCCUCUUAAACAAUUUGAAGACAGCUAAUGAGUAAUGGAUUCCAGUCAACUUAAGAUCACCUAGAAAAUGAUGUCAAGUUUCCUUCAUACAUUUUGUUAGAAGGAAGUUUAGCAGACUUCAGGAAAAGCUCCUCUUUUCCCUGCUGCGAGUUUGCACCAGUGAUUCCAGAGCACAAGGAAAGCAGAAUGUUGUUUGUUGUCGCUAGAUUCUUUGAACCCCUCUGCAGCUUUAUACCCUUGCAGGGGACCCUGUGACAUACCAUAUAGGGGAAAUAGACCUGAAAGAGGAGCGUUCCUUUCUUGAGCUAAUGUUAUGGAACCAGGGUUCAAGAGACCUGGGUUCUCAUCCCAAUUGUCUCUAAUUCAGGUUGGAUUGCAGGCAACCCACUUCUCUGAGCCCCAGUGCCCUCACCUUAGGCCACCUAGAAGACCGCUAAUCUAUUUACACAUCAUUUGCCCAAGCACUCCCCACUGCCUUCCACAGCCCUUGCGAGUGGCAGUGGCUGUGUCAAGGCUCCAGCCUCAUCUUGGGGGGACUUGGAGACGAGGGAGCUUCGGCACUAAGUCUUUGCCAGUGAAGAUCCACAAUAUUGCCCAAAGCCCUGUAUCUCUGACUGACUUCUCUUUAGAAUUUCCAUUGUCCUCUCAAUAUCCUCACUGUCCCGAGGGUGGUCUUAUGACUGGGACAGGUGCUGAACAUUGGGAACAAGGCAAAUGUCCCAACUUUUUGUGUGACUCAGGCAAAGCAUUGAGAUUCGUAGUCAUAUUUCCCAGAGCAGAAAUCCUUACCGCCCAGCCUUUCAUUCUGAAACUACAAGUCUUCAUUAAAGCUGAGCUUUCUGGAUCGCUGAGCUUAUAUGCCUGGCAUCUGAAUGAGAGCUUUCUUUGUAACUGUGUGACUUUGAGAUCACUUUGGCCAGCUCCAGGGAAACAAGGCUUGUGUUCUUGUUUAUGUUUGCCAGGCAAGCAGAUGUCUGAGAUGUGAGAGGCUUUUCUUUUCCUGCAGCGUUGAUUCUUAGAGCUCAAGUCAGGAUCCCUGAAACAUCACAUGGAGUCAAAAGAACUCAGGGCUUUGUCCUCCAGGCAGGACAGGAGAGUUAUUAAAGAGCGUUUCUCACUGCAGCACCACACGCAGCAUCAUCUGGAAUUGUUCACUGUGCCCAGAAAGCCUCACUUAUAGCAUAUCCUCUGGUAUUCCAACAAUAUUGUGGCACCAGACUUCAAAAGCUGUGGAAGUUUAAAGCAAAGCCGCAGCAAAGCCAGAGAAUCUCUUCUUGUGGCCUGUGUGUGCCUCAUUCUAUUAGGCACCCUCACCCCUCAACUUAGAACUGGCCAAAUGUCUCAUCCCCUGAUGCCUCUCUCUCCCUUCUCAGCCUUGCUCUGUGGUUCAAAGCCACUUCGAAUUAUUUGGAUGCUUCAAAAAGCCACAAAAUGUGGUGUGUCUGUGGCAUUUAGAGGCCUAGCAGUCGAGGAGAAGGAUUUUAUUUUCUUCCCUCUGUUAUCUAAGCAGAAGGACGGGACCCCCUUCUUCAUAAACUGGGAUUGGUUUUGCCAAAUUGUACUUGAAGCUGAGGGAAGGGGAACUGGCCCCUGCUGGCAGUGAGAACUGGAAGGCUAUCCAGAACAAAGGCUGCUCCCUCUCCCUGCCUCACUGCUGCUGCCUCUAGGUACUGCACCCCGGGAGUCAUCCCCAGAUGGCCCUUGGAAGCAGGCUGCAAAGUCCAGCACACCAGCCAUUCUCAGCCUCCCAGACAGUAGACAGCUGCCCCUUCUGGAAGACUCAGCCUCCCCCUGCCACUCUGAACUGUCUUUCCUGGCAUGUAUGUGGGGAGAGCAUUCGUGUAUCUCUAAUGAACAAGCUGGAGUCCAUUUCUAACUGGUGGGUUAAAUCUUCUACCUUAACUCUGGUUGAUUGGUAAUAAAAUCUAGGACCUACCUUCUCCCCAUUCCAGUCCCCACUAGCCAAGAAAUCUAUCGCCAUAAAUUGGGGACAGUUCACCUCUAGCACCUGCAGAAAUAGCCUUCAUCUCAAUGGGUAUGCUCCCUCCUGACCACCCAUGUUGGGGAGUCCCCAGUCACUGAGAAUAAAGAAUAACUGCUGACCCCCUGGGUCCAGCGCCAGCCACUUCUCUCGCAGACUGUUCCCGGGGACCUGGUCUAUCUGAGUGUAGGACUUAGGUCUUGUCUGGCUUUUUUUCUUGGCCUCUUCAGUUUUCCUAAAGCACAAGUCCAUGUAGAAUCCUGUCGCCUCUCCACACCAGUUCCAGAUGAUCUGGGUCUCUCCCACUGCCUCAGGAAGACCUUCACUGUACCUGAGCUUUUGACUUCUGCCACUGCAGCUGCCUUAGCAACACCAGGGCUGGGGGGCGGCAUGGGAGGCCGGUUCCAUUUUUCCUUUUCCUGGUUGGACUUGCUCAACCACGUUCUUCUGUUGGCAGAUCUGCUUCCAGAUUGAUUUUUAAGAACCAUCACUUUCACAUUCCUAAUUUUUGUUUGUUUUGUUUGAUUUUGUUUUGAUUUUUCUGAAACAUACAACGCUGCCCUGAAAAUCAUGUGUUUUUGAGUUUGUGUUCUGAAAGCCUCCGUGCUGCCGGAUUUUGGUGGGGGGGGAAUACAGGAUCCUCCAGCACAGAGGCAUUUAAGAUUUGCAACUAGCAAUGCAAUUUUUUCUAAAUAUGAGGAUAUUUACCUUUAUUAAGAAAUUAUACAAAACAACAGUGUCCUUGAUCAUGUUACAUUCUCAUACUACUUUUGGCUCUAUUUUGAUUCUGUGUGGUGGUAAAUGAAGAUCAUUACAAACAAAAACUGUAAUUUUAUUAUCUUUGAUUCAUGGAAUUUCUUUACUUAAAAAAAUAAAUAAAAAGCUAAAAAUGUGG